AUGCCGCGCCAUCGUCAGCUGGGCCCUUGCCUGAGCCCGAUGCGCGGCAUCCGACGAGACCGUCCGCCGCCGGGGCGCUCAGAGCGCCCGCCGCGGGAGGAGCUGGCGGUCGCGGAGGCGCCCCGCGGCGAGGCGCCCCGCGAGGCACGUCCGGCGAGGCGUGGGGUGGACCGAGAGAUCUACCGGCUGCAGCAGUCGCACAACUAUCUCUCGAUCCCCAAAGCAGCCUUUGCACGGGUCGUCAAAGACAUCCAGUCCAGCUUCGCCGAGGAGCCCUUGCGCUUCAGCACAGAAGCUCUGGAACUCUUGCAGGCGGCCACCGAGGAGUACUUAAUGUACCUCUUUGCCGAUGGGUAUCUGGCAACGGCCCAUCGGCGGCGCGUGACUCUGAGCUCCGAGGAUGUGCGCCUGGUCCGGCGCUUGCGGCAGCCCCACUGCUGGGGAGAGACGCGAUAA